AAAAAGCUAAUAAAUAAAAAAGUUAUUAUUUUCAUCUGUUUAUUUUAAGAAAUGUAGCAAUAAUUAAAGAAAAAAGUAAAGGAGAAAGUAGAAGAAGUUUAUCCAAACAAAAAUACUCUUCUAAAUGAGCUACGCAAUGAAAACAAUAAAAAAUACAUUUAGCCUGAAUGCUUGACAUUAACUUAUAAAUAAAUAGAGAAGAUUGAAGAGCAAGGAAUACCGGAUAUUUUUACAAGCAUUCCUUAUGUUCAUUUAAGUCAUAAUAAAAUAAGUAGUUUAAAAGGUAUUUAAUAGUUUAAGAAUCUGCAGGGUUUGUCUGUUUCUCAUAAUUUGUUAGCUGAUUGGACUGAGUUGCUGAAUAUUGAGGAUAAAUCUCAAAUUUAAUUUCUUAGAGUAAGAAGAAACCCGCUUUGCAAAAAUCCCAAUUAUCACUCUAAAUUAUUGGAAGCAUUUUAAAAUUUAGAGAAGCUUGAUGACAUAAAAAUAGAUGAUAAAUGCCAUUAAAUAAAAUAUUAAACUUAACAUGCUUCAUAGCCAUAUGUUAUGCAGCUAUUUAAAGUGCUACAAAUAGAAUUUGAGAAAAUAGAGCUGAAAGUUUAAGGUUUAUAUCCUCAUCUAUUUGACGAACAAGCCCCAACUAGUUAAAAAAUGAAUUAAAUUGCUCAGUUAAACAAAAAUGCUUAAACUGCAAGCACAAAUAAUAUUUUAGGCGAGCUAAAUAGGUAAAAGGCUAAUAGCUAUAGUUUCAUUAAUUCCAAAGGAGUUUCUAAUGUUACAAUAAACUAAUAAAAUUAAUCUACUAAUAGAUCUAAUUUACAAUAAGGUCUAAAUACAAGUAUUUCUGUUACAUAGGCUCCGCCUAUACAAAGCUAUAACUAACUUAAAAAUUAAAUAGAAGAUGUAAAUUAUGACUUCUUUGAUCAUUUAAUUGCAUUCUUAAAUAAUGAUCCUACUUUGAAGUUGAAGAAAAGUGCAGGUUCUAUUCUUUUAGGUGGAUUUUUAUUGAGAUUAUGGAGAAUGCUAGGAAAUUUUAUGCUAGACCCUUUUUAUAAAAAUAUGAUGAAUAUAUACGAUUUGCAAAUAGAUUUGUUUAGUAGGAUUAUGAAAAAAUACAGGGAGAGGCAUGACCACACAAUUGAAUAGUUUCUUUAGUAAUAAUGUGAAAAUAAUCCAAAAGUUGAUAAAUAGCGUCUAUUUUCUGAUUUAAAUUAUGGCUAUGCAUGUUUUUUCUAGGAAUUAUUCAAAAUUUCAGAAUCACCAAUUAUUGAAGAAUACGAAUUUGUAAAAGAUCAUUUGGGAAUCAUCGAAAGAUAAUCUUUCUAAGAGUAAGAACAGGUAAAAAAUAUCAAUAAUCAAUCAAAAUAAUAGGCAAAUUUAGUACCAUCUUAGCCAGCAAAUUUAUAGUCAUAAAAUAUUAAUUAAAAUGAACUAGAUUAACAUUUAUAAGGAGUAAGACCUGCUUCUCAAUAGUAUAAUCCACAAACAUUUGCAAGUUAAAUGAGUUAAAGUAUAAUGGAGGACUAUAACAAGGAAUAAAAAAAAGUAAACUAAUCUCAAAGUCAUUUCAAGAAUUAAUCAGAUCUUUCUCCAAAAAAUGUUAACUAUUUUAUCAGUAAAAAUGAGCAAUAUUAACAGUAGUAGCAAAGUCAGGCAAAUGCUAAUUAGGCAAAUCUAGAAAAAGCUGCUUACUAAGCAGAAAUUAUGAUAAUACAGAAUUAUUUCCCUUUAUUCUUACUAAAUCAAGAUUAUAUGGAAAUUGUAUUUGAAUGUGUUGUUGAAAAGUUAGUAGCCUUACUUCAUGGUUACGAAAUAAUGAUGUAUGGAGAAUUAGAGGACGAUGAUGAAGUUUUUUAUAAGUUUUAAAAUGUAUAAAAAAUUUUUAUGAUUUAUAAUCCAUAAGAAGAAAUUUAUCAGUCAAUAUAAAAUAUUGGAAAGCAAUAAGCAAUUAAUGAGUCUCGUUUGGAAAAUUAAUCUAGAACAAAAUCAGAAAAAAGCAUAAACAACUUAAAAAGGAGAUCUAGUGCCAAUUAGAGUGCCCUUUCAAAUAGGAAUAAUGCUUCUUAAAAUUAAAAAUCAAGACUUUCUAACAGAUAAAUAGAUGCAUCUUCUUAUGUUAGCUAGUCAAAAACUAAUAUGUCAGUUCGCUCUAUGAGACAGUAAACAGCUGAAUCAAUAGGAAGUAGAAAGACUCUAUAAUAACAAUAAAAAGAUAGGUCACAAUCAGUUAUUGAUUAAUUGAAUAAUACUCUGACAAGGCUUAACUCAAAAAGAGGACUUACAAACUCUUUUAUUUAAAAUAAAUCAGCACUUAAUUUAAAUUAAAAUACUACUUAUCAAUAGUUAUAGCAGUAAUAACAACAACAGUUGAAUAAUAACUAUACUAGCAGAUCAAAUGGAAAUAUUGUUCCUGAUUUAUCUCCCAUUAACUAAAUAGGAAAUAACUAUAAUACAAAUCUGUUAAAUACUUCUCAAAAUUAGACAGGUCUCAAUAUGUCUAGAGAAUAAAUGUUUUAGUCUUUAGGUUAAUAAGGGUAGUAAUAGUAAAACUAUUAAACCUUGUAAUUAACAGAUUAUUCUCCUUUAAAUUAAUAAGGAAAUCAUAGUAUUUCUCAAAACUAUUAAAGUACAAAUAUUUAUGACUAAGCGAAUAACUCACCAUUUAAUAUUUAAUAGCAACAUUCAUAAUAAUAAGAAUAAGAAAAUGCUUUUUCUAAAUCUAUAAAUUAAAAUCAAUAUAGCAAUAGCUAAAGGCAAAUUAAUAAUGGAACUUUACCGUCUGAAGAAAUUUAACAAGGAUAAAUUGGAACUUCAUAUUUCAUGCAACAGAAUUUGAGUUCAAAAGAAAAUAAUAGCAUAGAUCAUUCUUUUAAUAAGCAAUAAUCGUUUAGCAAAUUAAAUUAAAGUAAAAGUGCAGCAAAUUUUAACCAAUAAAAUUAUUUGUCUCAUCCUGGAUAGCAUAUUGGAAAUUAUGAUUCAAAAGAAUACUCCUCAUAUAAAGAAUACAUUUUGAGGUAACAAAUACCUUGGAGCUAAAUGGAGCAAUACAAAAGGUCACUGUAAAAGAGUCAGUAUUUUGUAACAAUAUUGAAGAAUAUCAUUCAAUUACAUACAAUACCUUAAAUGAAAACUUUCUUCUUGAAAUUAAAACUAGCUUCAGAUAAAAAGUUACUGAGCUUAUACAAUAUUUUGCAAAGAAGAAUGAAAAUGAAUGCUUUUAAGUUCUGGCACAGAUAAGUUAGGAAAUGCACUAAAAACCUAUUAUUUAAUCUUAUGAUAAAGCAAAAAUUCUUUAAUAUUUUAAGGAAAAAUGCAUAUCUACAAAAAAUAUAAGCUGAAAAACAUAGCAAUUUACAAAUUAAAUACAAAGUAUUCUAUGGGUUGGUUAAAAUACUAAGAAAUAAAAGAAAAAUUAAGAAGGGACUAAGAAAAAUAAAGCGUUUAGUUUUGAAAAAAGCUAUUUUACCUAUAUUUUAAAAGCUUACCUUAUACUACUUGACAAUCCCUAGAAAUCACACAGUAUAAGAAAUAAAUUAUAACAAAAUUCAUUAGAAAAGUAAGCAACUCUUCAAUCAACUAUCAAUACACUUUAAAAUUGAAGAUGAUUACAAAACUUUACAGCAUUAAAAAUAAGAAGUUAUUUUAUAAUCACUAAAAUCGUAAAUUAUAGAUUAACCGAAAUAAAGUCUUUAAAUUAAAGAUUCAUUUAAGAUUGCAUAAGAAUAAAUUGAUAUCCUAAAUCAUCAAAGUAGAAUACAGCCAGAUAAAGGAAUCCUUUCACAAAGAAAUUCUGCUAUUUUAAACAAUAAUAAGAAAUAUACGAAAGAUGACGAAGAUAAUAAAAAAACUAUAAAAUAAAAAUAACAACCUUCAAAAAGUUAAAUAUAAAAAAUAUCUCAAGAUAAGACAUUUAAAUAAUCUCAAACAAACUCUCAAAAUUAAACCAGAAGAUGA